CACAUUGCAGCUGAGUGCACUGCUAAAACCAUCUGUUGGAACUGCAAGGAAGCUGGGCAUAUUGCUAGCGAAUGCAGCAACCAGGCUGUCUGUCAUAAUUGUAACAAAAGUGGGCAUCUGGCUCGAGACUGCACUGAUUCUGGUUUAUCAGUCUCCGAGACUCGGCUCUGCAACAAUUGUCACAGGCCAGGCCACAUUGCUGCAGAUUGCAGCAAUGAGAAGGCCUGCAACAAUUGCCGCAAAGCCGGCCACCUUGCUAGAGAGUGUCGCAAUGAUCCAGUAUGCAAUCUCUGCAAUGUAUCCGGCCAUGUUGCCCGUCGGUGCCCAAAGUCUAGCCUGGCAUCUGAGAUCCAAGGAGGACCCUUCCGCGAUAUUGUGUGUCGAAUGUGUAAUCAGCUCGGACACAUCAGCCGCGACUGCGCAGCAACUGUCACCUGCAACACAUGCGGGGGGCGAGGCCAUAUGUCCUAUGAGUGCCCAUCUAGCCGAAUGUUUGAACGUCGCAUGUUCCGGAGGUUCUGAUGCGUUUGUUUGCAUUCCCUGUCUGGAAAGUUAACAUU